AUGGUUAAAGUAGCUGCUUUUGCGUGUGGUGUGGCGAGUAGCGGAAAAAGUACGUUUUGCGGGUCUCUGAUCUCGUAUAUGAAAAGCAUCGGACGGUCGUGUCAUUUGGUGAAUCUGGAUCCAGCUGCAGAAAACUUUGACUGGGAGCCUACAGUCGACAUUCGCGACUUGAUUAGUUUGGAAGAUGUAAUGGAUGAAUUGGACUACGGACCUAACGGUGGUUUGAUUUACUGCUUUGAAUUCUUGAUGGAAAAUUUGGAUUGGUUGAACGAAGAGCUGGGUGACUAUGAUGAGGACUAUUUAAUUUUUGAUAUGCCGGGACAAAUUGAAUUGUACACUCAUGUACCUAUUUUGCCGACAUUGAUAAGACACUUACAAAUGACCUUGAAUUAUCGACCAUGUGCACUGUAUCUGCUGGAAAGUCAGUUCCUAGUUGACCGAGCCAAAUUUUUCGCCGGUGUCCUUAGUGCUAUGAGUGCUAUGGUUAUGCUCGAAAUUCCCCACCUCAACUUGCUCAGUAAAAUGGAUUUACUAAAGGACAAUAGCAGUAUUAGCCGUGCUGACCUGAAACGGUUUUUGAAUACGGAUCCUCUCUUGUUGGUUGGUGAAAUUAAUGAAAAAAUGAAUCCCAAAUUUCACGAGUUGAAUCAAUGUAUCGUGCAGUUGAUUGAUGACUUUAAUAUGGUAAACUUUAUCCCCUUAGAAAGCCAUAAUGAGGAAAGUGUAGAAAAAGUUCUUAGUUAUAUUGACGAUGCUACGCAAUGGCAUGAGGAUCAAGAGCCUCGUGAUCCCGAUGGAAUUGAACCAGACGAUAUUGAACCAGGGACAGCAGGCAUGGAUGAUGAAUAG